AAAUGAAAAGCGCAUAUGCAUGCACUUUCUUUGUUCCAAGUUUCCAAGGAUUAGAAAAAAACAGCUUGGGGGGAGAAAGGAAACCAAGAUAUGGGCGAGAUUUUCCACACCCAGCCCUGCUCCGGUAAAUAGAGCAAAGGAAAAGCACCUGUCAUGGAAAAUGUGGAGAGAGAGAGGCGCUCCUGAGCGUCUCCUGCAAACUUUACUUCUCUUCCGCCACAAAGCCAGCAGUUAGGGAGACUCGGGCACGGUUAUGUUUUAACCACGAAGCAGAGUACAGCUGUGUGAUUGUGAGCGCGCGGUGAGCUCGCGUGCUGCUGGUAUCACUUUUGCCUGUAUUUUCUCACGGGAGCGACUUGCGAGUCGUAUAGUGGCUGUUCUCCGUGGACUUCUACCAACAGUGACAUCUCAAUGUAAAACUGACUCGAUUGAGCCAGUUCACCUGCACUAAGGGUUCUUGGAUACAGACACCAUGCCAGAGGCUGUUGACAUGAUAAACCUGGGCUUCCUGUCUGAAUCCGAGCGGGAGCUGAUCCUGGAGGUGCUGCAACGAGAUGAGAAGCUGAGACAGGCUGAGGACCAGCGUGUGCGGAAGUUGAAGACAGAGCUGCAGGAUGUUAAGAGGAAAGGGGCCAAACGUGCCAGUGAAAAAUACAGUCAGCAUAGCUGUGGCCGAUGCCUGGAGCCUUUGAGCCGACUGACUGUUUUUUCCAGCCAGUGUAAGAUGUGCAAUCACAUCGUAUGUCGCAACUGCCGGAUGGUCCUGCCCGAUGGAUCCUGGCUGUGCAACGUGUGUGCCAAAGAAUCAAAUUCAGGUCCCUCUCUGACGAAGCAGAAACUUCAGAUGGUUGACAACAGUAAUUCAAGCAGUUAUACUGGAUCCAUCACUUCAAGGGCAUCAUUGGAAUCAAAGGAGGAAGAAUUAAAGGUCCAAUCAAACUCAAAUCGCAGUGACACGGAGUCUGUAGAAAGUUCCAGUAUAGCCAGCGUUAAAACUGAGACGGAGUCUGGCCGUGUGACCCCUGAGCCUGAGCAACCAAGGACGGAGAACAGCUUUGUUCAAACCAGCCCAGUAGGAUCCAGUAAUUCCAGUCUGACUGUCUCCAUCAAAGCAGAUACUGUCAGCCGUGAAACCACCAACGCAGAGAUCAACACUGCCCCAGAAGUAAAAUCCUCCACUGUAAACCCAGAGCUGGAUGUUGAUAGACUCUUUAAGAAGAGCAUCAAGCGAGGCCCAAAACCUGCAGAGUAUGCAUCAACACUGGACCUGCGUAAUGAACGUGACACAUCAGAGGCAUCACUGGGCAAAAGGAGCAGAUCUGUACCAGGCUUGGAUAUACAGGAAGAUGAAGAAGAGGAAGAAGAUAUCGACAGCUUGGUUAGCUUUCAUAGAAGAACGAUGAACUCAAAUUCCUCCGGCCUGCGUGGCUCAAAGAGCACACUGGGCAGCAUGAUGAGCCUUUACAGUGAAGCUGGAGACUUUGACAGUGUGGAGGUGAAGGGAGAUGUUGUGUUCUCUGUAAGUUACGACGAGAGCAGCCAGAGCCUCCAGGUCUUCAUCAAGGAGUGUCAUCAGCUGGCUUAUGGCGAUGCUGCACGGAGUGUCUGCAACCCCUAUGUCAAAUGUUAUCUGCUCCCUGACAAAUCCCGCCAGAGCAAAAAGAAAACCAGCACCAAGAGAAACACUAUCUAUGUCAAAUGUUAUCUGCUCCCUGACAAAUCCCGCCAGAGCAAAAAGAAAACCAGCACCAAGAGAAACACUAUAAACCCCGUCUACAAUGAAACUUUAAAGGAGACCGGACAAAAUGAUGGCUUCACUAUGAAGAAAAGAGCCUGGCUGUUACAGAUGUUGUCUCAUAUAUUUACAGGUUUGAGUUUCCAUGUUAGUACAUUGGCAUGUGUACAAAUUAACUCUUUUUGUCUUUUUAAACAGCCAGCCUCUGUUGUGCCACCUUCAGCUUUUGCUCAGUACAAAGGGGAAUUGAUUAUCUCCUUGAAGUUUGUCACACCUAAAAAGCAAACAGCUGAGAAAACCAAAGACAAAAAAGCCAGGGUGGAGGAAGGAGGAGAGCUGCAUGUCCUAAUAAAGGAGGCAAAGAAUUUGAUGGCAAUGAAGUCAGGAGGCACAUCGGAUAGCUUUGUGAAGGGGUUGGUGAUCACCGGUCGCACAGUAAAGGUGGGCAAAGAGGAGGUGGAGCUGGACUCGGUUGGAGAGGAGAUUAGUCUCUGGCAGAAGAUGAUGCAGUACCCGGACUCAUGGGCAGAGGGCACUCUUACACUGCGUUCCACUAUGGGGAAGGCGAAGGGCGAAUGAGGACAGCACACGCCUGAGAUGAUGAGAAGCUGUGUCCUGUGAGACUAACAUGGGAUUGUGGAUUAAUUUUAUUUUCUCAAGCUUGUCACACCAGAGCAGGCCGGUCUCUUGAAGUGAGCGCUCACCCAGUUUGUUGUCGUGACACUUCACGGCUGCUCACACCUGCUCUCUCUGCACAGGGGUCAUCUUUAACACGGCCCCCAAACUGCAGAUGGGUGUUAACCUUUUGGAAGCGUGCCAAAGCAUCACCACAACAAAUUUAUUUUGUUAAAGCAGUCACUUUUUAAAAAAUUCAAACUGUAUAUAUAUUAUAGCUAUUCAAAAUCAUGCACAGCACUUGGCAGUUUCUCACAGUUUUCUUUAUUUGUGUCGAGAUGUAUACUGGUGUGGGAAAACAAUUCGAAACUGGUUAUGCAGUAUUUCAGCUGUCGCUUCUAAGAAAUCCUGCUUUAUUUAAUCCACACCAGUGCAUUUACAUUACUAUUUGCAUAACUUGCAUGAGAAGUUUUUCAAUAAAGAACAUUUUAUCUUUGGUAACACUGUUUACCUCAAUGCUCUCGCACACGCUACACGUUUUUCCCCUUUUUUUAAAUGUUGGUAAAAAAUAUAACUUUUAGGAGAUAAAGCUUUUAUAACCUUUAGAGCAAAGUUGGCAGUAGAUUAUAUUUAUCAGAUCUGACUUGUUAUGCAUGCAAGUUUAUAUCCUAUUGAAUUAAAGUUGAUUUAUAUACUG